AUGAAUGCAGGCUUGACUGAAGUCCUCACAACCCCUAGGGCUUUCCCGUCUAUCGAGUUAUCUCGAUUUAUUAGCGGGAGCCACGAUGACCAGAAGCGCUUUUGCACUGAGUUCGUGGGAGCAUUGAAAACUUUCGGGUUCGUUAGCCUCACAAGGCAUGGCAUUGAUGAUGUCACGGUGGAAGAGGCAAUCGAUUGGAACAGAAGAUUCCAUGCGCUCCCAGUCGAUAUUAAGUUAAAGGCAGCCCAUCCAAAGGUGGCAAUUCCCCAUCGUGGAUAUUGCUAUGUAGGGCAAGAGGUAGUUUCCAAUUUAACGGAACAAUCCACAAGACAUAGACAUGGUUCUACUGUAGUGGAUAUCAAAGAGACAUUCGACCAAGGCCUAGAAGACGACCAACUGUGUCUCAAUCGCUGGGUGGAUGAAAGCGAUCUUCCGGGAUUUCGUUCGUUCAUGGAGGCGUUCUUCCACAUAUGCCAUGCUGUCCACAUCGUGCUUCUACGAUGCAUAGAGAUUGGACUGGAGUUGAAACCAGAUACAUUUGUCAGCAGAUGUUCCGCCAACACCAGCGAGCUACGCUUGACGCAUUAUCCGGCUUGCGACGCCGAGACGAUCCGCAGCGGCAAAGCAAACAGGAUAUCGGAGCACACCGACUUUGGAACCCUUACACUUCUCUUCCAAGACAACGUCGGAGGUCUUGAGAUAGAGGACCAGACGCAUCACGGUACCUAUCUGCCAAUUGUGGAGCGCCGAGGUGAGGUAAUCGUCAAUAUCGGUGACUGCAUGCAGAGGUGGACGAACAACGUCCUGGUCUCGACCAAGCACAGGGUCCGCCUCCCAGUCGACUACGCUGAGCCGAGAUUGGGAGACCGGUAUAGCAUAGCUUACUUUGCGAAGCCGGGUCGCGACGAGAACGUCGCAACGUUGGACGAGUUCAUUUCCCCGUCUUUUCCAGCUAAAUACGGCGCCAUGACGGCUUGGAAUUAUUUCCAAGCCAGAUUGAAUAUGUUGUUCGUAUAA